AUGGAAAGGCCGCUACUAAUAAGCCGAAAUCCUCGCACAAAAGCUAUGAUGAAAUUCAGCUUUGACCUAAUCAGCUGUGUUCUCAUUAUCGUAACAUUUUUUGUCAAUGCAUUUUCUUAUGGAGACACUUACUAUAUCUCAAUGGAAACAAUAACAAAGAAAUUUGACUAUAACGGGAUGAACGCCUAUACUCUUACGACCUUUAGCGAUUUCGAAAAGAACUAUUGCACAAAUCUUGAAGGCGCUGAUCUAGAAGUCUGCAAUUGGCUUGACCAUUUUAAAGCUGCAGCCUUAUGCUAUUUUAUUGACUCAAUUGUAUGUUUAGUUAUAAUGGCUUAUAGCAUACUGAAUUUAAUGAGCUUGUCAUUCGGAUGCACUUGCUUUAAAUUGCUGAGUCUUCAGAUCUCCCAUUUUUUGCUUCCAAUUGCAUAUGCUAUUGGAGUAAUUCUUUAUUUAUCAGUUUCCAACUUUUAUUCGUUAAGUGAAAGUGGAGAUUCGUGGUCUGGAUUUACAAUAACCUUUGAGGCUGGGAUUGUUUUGAUGCUAGUUAAUGAAGCGAUUAUGAUCAUUGGAGCACUUUAUUUCUGGUGGGCGAAAGCUCAUGGAAUUGAAGACAUCCUUUUGCAUAUUGGGGCGUAUGCUCCUCUAGUAGAUAAUAAAGAACUCAGAUAG